GUGACGUAAUUCCGCGCGACGCAAGUUAUUUUACGUCAGCAGCACAACAGUGCCAACAUGGCGUUCACUCUGUACGCGCUGAUUCAAACAGCGAUAUUAUUCACCAAUGCCAUCGCUGUUCUUCACGAAGAGAGGUUUCUCAGUAAAAUCGGCUGGGGAGCAGAGCAGAGUAUUGGAGGAUUCGGAGAUGAACCCGGCAUUAAAGCACAACUUCUGAACCUUAUCCGCUCUGUCAGGACUGUCAUGAGAGUACCUCUGAUAGCAGUAAAUUCAGUGUGUAUCGUCUUAUUAUUACUGUUUGGAUGAAGAAGGAACUGAUGGAUUGCAGUCGAUCGGGAUCUAAUAAGGAACACAGGGACUGUGGCAAAGAAAAAUAGUAUUUUUUAAGAGUAAAAAAAGUGUAUUUGUGACUUUAAAUGUUGCUGUCCAAUGUCUGGAAAUUGUAUCCUGAAUGAUUUACUGUAAAUACUCUGGUAGUUUUAUAUGAAACAAAUACCAGUAAACCUUUUUCUUUUCCAGUUUUGUAACUCGACAGAAGCUCCGGCGUCUGUGCUUGUUGUUUUUGUCUCAUCCAAGCUCCAGUAAAGUGUCACUUCCUCACGUGUUUCUCAGAGCAACAAUGAAAUCAGUUGCACAGGUCUCUCUUAUGCUUUGAUUCUGGCAAAUGAAAUAUAUUUUCUUUCCUAAUAAAUGUCAAGUUCCUCGAAGCUAAUCUUAUUGUGUUUCCAAUUCAAAGACAGCUUGGAAAGUAACGCUGGGUUUAAUAUAUUUAAAGAAAUAUGGAUAAAGUCUGAUUUUUUUUUUUUUAAUAAAGAUGUGAUUAAUGUA